CGCAGAGUAAGUGGUUUCCGAGUUUAUCGCGAUGGCUGUCUUGCUCGUUCCUUCACUGCUUCUGCUCCUCAGCGCCUCCGCUGUUCACGGGAGGGAGUCGUCGGAUAACACGGAAGCUUUGAAACAGGCAUUGGCAACGAUGAGACACCCUGUCGCCUACUUCACCUCGGUCGACGAUCCCAGCGAGCGGUGCCUGAGAGCCGAUCUUCCAGUGUUAGAGGACCGCCGAGCCGUCUACGUUUAUCAUUUCCAGAGCCAAGAUGGCCAAUCCGGUGGGUAUACACGUGACUACUGCAUCAAUAUCACUGUAGACGAAUCUGGAAAAUUCCCCUUCGGUCCCUGUGACGGCAGCGAGGAGCCUGGCAUGGCUCAGAUGCUUUUUUUUGAUGGCCACAGCUGUUAUGGUGGUAUAUUUCCACUUUUCGGCACCUACCAAUGCAUGCUGUGGGUGAAAUACGAGUACAAGGAUUCCGUGUCCGACGAUUGCCUGCAACGCUAUCACCAGCAAUGCGGGUCAAAGAAGUACAAACUUUACGACAGCGAGCAAUGCGACUAACGCUGUUCGACAGUUCGUGCUCCGACUGCUUUGCGUAUGUCGCACAAGCACCUGC